AUGGACGCCUUCUCGUCCUCACCUUUGACAGAGUCCUUUCCCUGCGGCAGGUUUGACUCGCCAGCAAUCUCCCCCGCGGCAUCACCUACUCGUACAGAGGUCGACUUCCCCGCCGAUGUGGACCAGUCAUUCAACUCGUCCAUGUCAUUCUCGGUGACCGACUCCCCCCCGGCACCGUCACCUAGCAUGCAUCUCGGCAAGCCGUCUACCCACCUUCUCCUCCACUCCCCUACUCCUCUCCUCCGUGCCCCGCGCCGUGCCGACAUGAUGUCCUUGUCAUACUCUGCUCUUGGCAGCGUUCGCGAAGGAGAGACUCUUGGCGCACGCCCUCGUCCACUUGGCCCUAGCCGCACAUUUGGCCGCGAGCUGUCGCUCAACACCAGUCGUCUGUCCGGCCCCAGCAGCCAGAUGAUGACGAUGAAGGGCAAGAGCAAGUUGUUACCACCAGCCGUGGUGCCUGAGGCAAGGCGGCCCGUGUCGCCCGUGCGCUUGCACCACGCAACAUCACACGAGGACAUGAGCUCACCAAAGCUCCUUCUCCCUCGGAUGGGACGCCGAGAGUCUGCGCCCACCCUCGAGUCUCCCCUCGCCCCUUCAUUGCUGCCUUCAUUGAUGGACAUUGACUCGCCACGACCAAGCCGCCUGUCCACUCACCAGUCCCCCUCGUUUGGCUCUCCUGGGCUUGGCUCGUUCUUCUGCGAGUCUCCUGCGGUGCCUGCCUUGUCACUAGCCAAGCGUCGAGCCCUUGCGUCGUCGUCCCCGGCGUCUCCGUCAAGCUCACCGUCGUCGAGGCGUGCCAGUCGUACCUUGGACAAGGGGUCCUGCAGUGGUCUGUUGUUCGGUGCUGGCUCGCGUUCCAACUCGCUCGCAGCACGCCGCAGUGCGGCGCCCUACAAGCGCCCACCUCUCAACGUCCAACCCACUGGGGAGAACGCGCAGCGUGCAGAACAUACGUCGUCGGCAUACCCGAUCCUCUGUGGCACCAGUAGCCAGCGCAACUCAUUCCCAAGCAUGCGCCGCGCCUUUUCAGUGGCCGAUCAGGGCACUACGUCGAUGGCCGAGGACACUGAGGACGAGUCUGAGUUUGACCGCUCGCCAUCGGUCAACCCUUCCGCCGCCAUCCGCCGGCGCUAUGGUGCCCCACCCAACCCUCGCAUCAACAAUGGCUCGCCAGGAUUCAAGCCCAUGCGCUCGUCAAUGUCGACCAUCGGCGAGGUUGAGAAGCGCAUGAUGCCCGAGAAGCAGCGCUGUGCUUUGCCCGAGCUUCACGACGAAGUUCGCGGCAAGAUCCUGCCUUGCCACAAGUCGUCCAAUGACCAGCUUAUGCGCAUCACGGUCGACACUCUCAAGGACGUGCUUGACGGUCGCUACAACGACCGCAUGAAGCAGUAUCACAUUCUUGACUGCCGCUUCGACUAUGAGUAUGACGGCGGCCACAUUGCCGGUGCCACCAACGUCCGUGAUGAGGGUCAUCUCGAUGAGCUGCUCCUCACUGCCUCGUUUGGCGCCAACAGCAACCUCGCGUCGCUCCCUACCCCCAGCUGCAGUGGCGAGCUCGGCAGCGAGCAGCAGGUUGUCCUCAUCUUCCACUGCGAGUACAGUGCACACCGUGCGCCGACUGUGGCUACCAAGUUCCGCCACCGCGAUCGCAAGAUGAACAACGACUUUUAUCCCAAGGUCCACUACCCAGAGAUUUACAUUCUCGACGGUGGCUACUGCGACUUCUUCAAGGCCAGCCCCACUCAGUGUGAGCCCCAGGCCUACGUGGAGAUGAAGGACCCUGCCCACACGGAGCGUUGCGACACUGGCAUGGCUCACUUCCGCCGCUUCAACCGCGCUCGCUCUUACACCUAUGGGGAGCUGCAGCAGACGAACCGCUCAAAGUACCGCAGUCACAACAGCGAGCAACGCGCCUCCAGUGGCCAGAUGUCCGCCACCGGUGGCAUGGGAUUCCUCAUGGCCGCAGCCUCGGCCGCCGUUGGCCGUCGUGGCAACGGCUCGGCCAUCAGCGAGGAGCGCGAACCGGAAUCAUCUCCUUCUGGUGCCAGCCCAUGCCCUCGUGCUCUGUCCAUGGGCCAAGCGCCCAUCUUUGGUUCAGCCAAGCAGCGCGGAUUUGAGCGUGCUGGACUGCAACGCUUCGCCUCGUGCGCCGACGCCAUGGUGCGCCAAUAG